AUGGCAAAUAUGGAUAUUGAAAGUAGAUCGCGAAAGCUUCUCAAGCCGCUCAGACAUCAUAAGGAAAUCGAUAGAGAAAGCGUUGGUAAUAAUAAUAAUAAUGAAGAAAUUUUACCUCAUAAGCGUCUUGAACACAAGAAAGGCCGCUACCAUAAAAAAAAUAAAGUGAAGUCACAAGAAGUAGAUGACAAUAAUUUUGAAGAUUCUUACGAUGACGAUGAUGGAGCCGAUGACGUUCGUGACGCCACUGCAUCUGACAGUCUAGCAAGCAGUGACGAAAGUAACGAGCGGACCUCGGAAUUGAACCUUCAUGCUGACAAUUUGAAUAAUACAAAGAAAGCUGACGUGGAUUUGAUAAUAUUUAAUAGGGUACCAAAAGUGGGUAGUCAAUCAUUGAUGCAGCUCUUGACUACUUUGGGUAAACUUAAUGGUUUUACAACAUCACGCGAUAUUAGUAAAGGUCACGAGACCGUUUUAAUUGAACCACGUAAGCAGCGAGAAUUAGCAUUGGAGUUGUUAGCGAAGCCGAAGCCACAUGCGUACAAUCAACAUCUAGCCUACAUAAACUUCACCCGUUUCCAUUUACCCAAACCUAUCUAUAUCAAUUUGGUUCGACAUCCUAUCGAACGUAUUAUUAGCUGGCAUUACUAUACACGCGCCGAAUGGUAUUAUCAAGAUCUGAAGGAAAAGAUGGGACAUCUAGCGCCACUACGUCCUUCAGACGAAUUUAUGAAUUUGGACUUAGAUACUUGCGUAAAAACCAACAAUUUAUUCUGCCAGUUCAAUCAGGAUGAGAUAAUAAAUCCAUCCGGUGACCAUCGCCGGCAAACACUAUUCUUUUGUGGACAAAAUAAAAAAAUUUGCAUGCCCUUCAAUUCUGUUACGGCAAUGCAGAAAGCUAAACAAACGGUAGACGAAGAUUUCGCAGUUGUUGGGACAUGGGAAGAUACCAACAUCACCUUAGCUGUGCUUGAGCAUUAUAUACCGAAAUUUUUCAAACACGCGAAAGUGGUGUACUAUAUGGAUAGAGAAAAAUUAUCGAUGGUGAAUAAAAAUGCUGGGAAGCGACCAGUGAGCCAGGAAACACGUGACAUCCUUAGCAAGAAUCUUACCAAUGAAAUUGAGUUUUAUGAGUUUUGUAAACAACGUUUAUAUCUACAAUACGGCGCAAUCAGUAAAUUCAAAAGCAUCGACAACGACGACUAUGUUCUAGUACCAGAGCAUAAUGAGGAUGAGGAAAUAUUCAACCAAGACUAUUAAUUUGGUUAAAUUUGAAUAUACUACAAUA